GGACAGCGAGCAGACCCUGCAGAACCACCAGCAGCCCAACGGCGGCGAGCCCUUCCUGAUCGGCGUUAGCGGGGGCACGGCCAGCGGCAAGGAUGGUCAGCAUUAACAAACUGGACCUCCUUUGGAAGCCUCAAGUCUGAACAUUGUGGUACAGGAGGGCCUGGAAGCAAAGUCGAUACUCUACCCCCUGCAUAUUUGCUCUGUGCCUGUUAAAGGAAUUUGGGAGAAGGCAAAGGGCCCAAGGACAUCAACAAAAAAGGACAGUUAUAGAGCUAGAAGGAACCUCGGAGGCCCUGGAGUCCAACACUUCAUCUCAUCACUUACGGAUGAGAAAAAUAAUGAAUUCAGAUCAUAUAUUUGUCCCAGCUAUUGGCCUUGUUUAAGAAGAAUUGACUAAGGCAUGCCCGGAGAACACAAGUUUACACUUUCAACCUGGAAAGGGGCUACUUGGAAAUGGCUACAGAAUGGUUUCAGAGUCUUCCGUUUGUGCUAAGAUUGUGCAGCUCCUGGGACAGAAUGAGGUGGAUUAUCGCCAGAAGCAGGUGGUCAUCCUGAGCCAGGAUAGCUUCUACCGUGUCCUCACUUCAGAGCAGAAGGCCAAAGCCUUGAAGGGCCAGUUCAAUUUUGAUCACCCGGAUGCCUUUGACAAUGAACUCAUCUUCAAGACACUCAAAGAAAUCACCGAAGGGAAAACAGUCCAGAUUCCUGUGUAUGACUUUGUCUCCCAUUCCCGGAAGGAGGAGACGGUUACUGUCUACCCCGCAGAUGUGGUGCUCUUCGAAGGGAUCCUGGCCUUCUACUCCCAGGAAGUGCGAGACCUGUUCCAGAUGAAGCUUUUUGUGGACACAGAUGCGGACACCCGGCUCUCCCGCAGAGUAUUAAGGGACAUCAGCGAAAGAGGGAGGGACCUUGAGCAGAUUUUAUCUCAGUACAUUACAUUCGUCAAGCCUGCCUUUGAGGAAUUCUGCUUGCCAACAAAGAAAUACGCUGAUGUGAUCAUUCCUAGAGGUGCAGAUAAUCUAGUGGCCAUCAACCUCAUUGUGCAGCACAUCCAGGACAUCCUGAACGGAGGGCUCUCCAAACGGCAGACCAACGGCUAUCUCAAUGGCUAUACCCCUUCACGCAAGAGGCAGGCCUCGGAGUCCAGCAGCCGGCCGCACUGACCCCCGUCUCCUCAGACCCUGGCCCCGAUCUCCAAGGGACAGGAGGAGGGGGCAGAGGCACUGUGCAUCUAUACAUAUGGUUUCCUAUGGUUUCCUAUGACAUUGCUGUAUUUAAGAAAACACCAUGGAGAUGAAAUGCCUUUUUUUUUUUUUUUUUUUUUUUUUUUGGUACUUCGGAGCAGAGAAAUGAAACAGAACUUGACCCUGAGCUUAAAUGACAAACUGUGCCAACUACUACUGGUGAUGCCUAAUUAUGACUUCAACGUGUAACCAGUUAUAAAUACAUACAUAUAUAUAUAUAUAGAAAAGGAUCUAUUUUUGUGUAAAUGUACAAAUACUGUACAGCUGUUUGCCGUAAGUAUUCUGCAGGAGGGCCUGUACUUGAGUGUGUUUUGGGGGCUGGAGCUGGAGUUUCACCAAAGGGAAGUUGCCUGGUGGGUUCCAGGUGGGUAAGGCUCAGGCGUCUGGGAGGGAGGCUCACGGCUCGCGGCUCUCGGUGUCCGUGGGUCUCGUUGGAAGUGGAGUUUGGAAUUUUUGAUUGCUUCCCCUGCCAGAUGCCACCUUCCUGGUGCUGGAGCUUCAGGAUAAUGUUAAUGAGAGAUCCUCUUUUCUUUUUUUUUCUUUUUCUUUUUUUUUUUUUUUUUGAGUUGAAAUUAGGCAAGACCUCAACUCAAAACUCAAACUCAGGGAAGGGGCCCACUGAGGGGAACGAGUCUUCUGCGUUUUCUUCUUGCCCCUGCCCACCUCUGGCUGCUCGGGUAGCUCCACACUUCCUUCCUUACUCACCCGCUUCUCAGUCUCUCGGAAAGCCAGAGCUGCCUUGCUCUCCUUCCCUGGUGGGGAUGUGACGGGGUCGCUUCCUGACUGAGUGGGGAAGGAGGGAGUGGGACUCUCUGCCUGUCGUAUCGUCUGAGAUGCUGGUGCCUCCCAGGGAAGUCACCCAUGAGAUUCCUUGGGCUGUCCCCCAAGCUGUGGAGUGCACAGUGGACCCUUGCAGUCUGGGCUUCGGUUGAGGGCCUCUGCCGGCAGCCUGCCCCUCACAGGGUGGCAAGAGAGCUCUGCCGUGUAGGGAGCCUGUAGCUUUUGUUCCCCGAGGCGUGGGGAUUUGCAGCGAGGUGAGGAUAACGGGGACCGUCACUGGCAGCAUCACAGCCACAUUGAUUGACUUAUUUACCAUGCUGCCGCGUCACGUGGCAGCUGCCGGAAACGAGGGGUGGGGAAGGGGAGUGGCGUGUUUUUUUUGUUUGUUUUUGUCUUUUUGCAGUACGCGGGCCUCUCACUGUUG